UAUUGUAUCAGUUGUAUGGAGAAUCAGUAGUCCCAGAGUAGACACAGCUUUGUUUUCUGUCAGCCUAAAGUUAUGGCUAAAACAUCCCAGACUGCACCAGGAUGUCAACUAUAUGCGUAAAGGUUCCACUUUGUGUUGGCGCAUCAUUAUAGGUUGUAGAUACAGAGCUUAACAUCUGUUAAAGGUCUACCACGAAAAAACAAAAACAAAGAAAAGGGUAAAUUAGUCACAUGGCAUUGGAACUGAUAUUAAGACGUUUGUUUUCGUGUGCGCGCACGCAGCGGUGCGCAGUCAGGCUACAAAUCACAACAAUCUGCACAGUCAUCCUGACGCACUCCAGGUCUACCCCAGAGUCAGGACGGAGAUGUCUGAUGCGGUUCCAGAUGAGCAGAGAGCAGCUUUGGACUCCCUGGAACCCGAAGCCAUCCACAUAGCUAUAGGAGCUCUUGCUGAAGGCAGAGGCUUCUCUGUAGGAGGAGGCUGCACCGUCGCAGAGCUCAAACUGGCUCUGUCACAGCGGCUGGCGGCCUCUGCAGAGCAGCUGGAGCUGAUGCACUCCGGACGGCUCCUCACAGAAUCAGAACUUAUUGGUCACCUUGAGGGACAUAACCGGUGCGUCAGGCUCCAGGUGAUCCAAAGGGUCCAGCCCACUGAAGAUCAGUCCUCAGAAGCAGACGGAUCAGAACUCCCAGCACCUCCAGAUUCGGACCUCAGCUUUCCCUCAACCACCACAUCUCCUCUCCAUCUGGGAAAUAGUAAAGAAGCUCUGGACUUGGAUAACAAUGACCCAGGCUUCUGUCCUGCACCCCACCAACCGAUGGAUCAACAGCUGCUUGCUGACCAAGAGAGUCACUGUGAUCCAUUUACGCAGAGUGCAGUCUCCUCGUCUGAAUUAACUGCUCAGCUUCUUCACGCAGACCUAGAGAUAAAGAACGCAAAUGCAUCAUUUAAAUUUGUGUACUCUGGAGAACAAAAAAGCAAUCCAACAUCACUCCUCUCCAGCCAUGCCACAAGUGUCCUCAAAGAGCUCACUGUCAUUCCUACAGCGACUCCAAGCUCCCAGAGCUCUGUUAAUGCAGGUAUGCAAUCUCUGCUGGAGGAGAUCAUGGCCAAUCCCAGUUUGAUGGACAGUUUGCUGUCUGGGCCGCAUGUCAGCAGCCUUUUACAUUGCCUCAGUCAGUACCCAGACCUGGGAGCACAGAUUUUGCCAAGUCACCCUUUUCUGACAGGAAACCCUCUGUUACAGCAGCAAAUGAGACAGCAACUUUCUUUAUUUCUGCAACAGAUGCAGAGUCCAGAGCUGCUGCUGUCCAUGUUUAGCCCCAAAGCGAUGAAAGCCCUUCUACAGAUCCAACAGGGCCUGCAGACUCUGGCUGAAGAAGCUCCCUUCCUCAUACCUGUUGCUUCCUAUGACUCUACUGAUGCUGACGUUGCUGUCGACAACCAAUCAGGAAGGAGUCCUCCGGCAGUGUCAGUGACAGAACAGCAGCAGCAGUUUGUGCACCAGAUGCUGCAGUCACUGGCUAAUAUUCAGAUCAGUCAAGAGGAGGAGGAUCUUUAGGAGUUAGAGCAGCUGAGCUGAACGGGCUUUAAAGACAGACGGGCAAACCUUCAGGUCCUCACAGCACAGCUGGAGACCGGAACACUGCGACAGAUCUGCUCAGCCUCCGACACACACACUAGCACACAGGAAGUUCAAAACUACCAUAUUUAAAUAAUCAUGAAGCAUCUUUGGUCUCAUCAAAAACUCAAAUUAACCCAUGACUCCAACCUAUAUUAAUGGUUGCAAUUGUAGAAUGAUGUUACGCCUUAAAAGGAAGCUUGUAAUUUGUCAUGUCUGGAUGACUAUGCUUUAUUACUCCAUGGUGUUUUUUCUUAACCAGGAGAGCCAAUUUAAAAAGGUUGUUAAAAAUAUAUAUGUAUAUAUAUAUAUACAUUUAUAAAUAUGUUUUAAAUUAUAAUUUUAGACAUACAAAAAGAUCAGGAAGAAAUUGUAAAACAUCAAGUUGUUAAAAGCAGGAUUUUUAGUGGUUUUUAAUGGAAUAAAAUCUGCUGUAAAACAGCAACAUAGAAUAAAAAUAAAAUUUAAAAAAAACAGUGAUUUUUAAUUACUUGGGAGACUGACACACCCAUGCACAGGCAUUUCUAAAUCCAGUCAAAGUGCUACUGCACAAUGAAUCAACAUUCAGAAUUAGGUCAAAUCAUAAUCUUUUUACACUCAUGCAGUGUCUGAAACUGGAGGACGCUUUCAUUUUUUGGAAGCUCAGAGUUGAUCUUUUCUCAGUCUCUGGCAAAGGAUUAAGCCAAGAUGGUAACAUGUUAGAUGUUUAAGGAAUGAACAUAGGAAGAAAAAUGAAGGCAAGUAAAUCUGUAAAGAAAUAGAUGUGACUAAAUGAGCUAUAAUGAUUAACACAAUGUUUUAUUCAGAAGCAAGCUUGUAAUUAGAAAUCUCAUCUGAUUGUAAUUAUUUUUUCAUACAAAAGUGAGUGCAUAUUUUAUGUUUCGGUUUAGAUUUUUCUUUGUAUUUGCAAAAUGUUUCAGCUUUUACUAGGUGAAUUUCAAAAAUAUUUGAAAACGUAUCUAUGAUGAAGAGGUGGUGUAGUGUGCGUUGUUGAACACUAGGUGGCCUUUGAACUGAACAUUCAAGUGCCUCAAGUCAUAUAUUUUUGUUUAAAACUAAACGGUUUAGAAUUUCAAACUUAGACAAGCUAAUUAAUCAUUUUAAGACAUUAUUUAAUAAUUUAUGGCAAACCCUACAAUGAUACAGACAAACAUCCUAAUGUGUGUGACUACAUGUUCUCAAUGUCAGAGGUGAACCACAGGUGACAAAGCCCAACCUCUGACAUUUGUAUGCAUGCAUGCGAUCAGCAUGACAACCUGUGUGUUUUGUUUGUUGCUGCCAGGCUGAGGAGAAGUAAUCUGCAGCAGCAUGUGUGACUGCAUGUGUGAGAUAUGGGAGUAGCUGACGGGGUUUUCUGGAUUAAGAGCUCCAAAAAUAUUCGGGUUGAGGUUUGAAGAUGAGUCACGCUUUGUGGGGGGAGAAAAAAAGCAUUUUAGGUGGGGAAUGCGUGUUUGCCUGUUUCUUCUUAAGUCAUCAGUGGAUCUGAAAACAGGAAUGAUGAAGCUUUGACCUGAUCCGACCCAAAUUGAGAGCAGUGAUGUCUGCUUUCUUCUUGCAUUUGUAGAAAAAGGACAGUUCUGGUAGGAAGUAUAAUUGUUAAGACAUGAAUUCAAUAAAUAAAUACAUGAUCUGUA